AUGCAGGCCGCCCGGCUGGCCGUCCUGACCUGGGCGGUUUUCGAGGCGGCCGCCUCGAGCCUGGCAUCCCGGGAGGCCGCUGGCGACGCCCUCGCCGGCGGGGGCGCCAGGCGGCUGCGGCAGGAGGGGGAAUUCGUGUGCCCCGUGGCCGAGGCCGACGCGGGAGUGGAGGCCAAGAUAGUGGGCGGCGUGGACUCCUGCCCCGAGGAGUUCCCCUACUUCGUGUCCCUGCGCAACUUCGGCACGCACUUCUGCGGCGGCGUGCUCAUCGGCCCCGACCUCGUGCUCACCGCCGCGCACUGCGUGGUGAACGCCGCCGGCACCAAGCGCACGCCGGACGUCAGCGUGGGCCUGCUGGACAUCGACGACCGCCCCGGGGACAGGCCCACGGUGGAGGAGUUCAAGACCUGCCGGUCGAUCAUCCACGCCAAGUUCGACCCCACCGCCCUGCAGCUGGGCUACGACAUCGCGCUGCUGGAGCUUAGCGGGCAGUCUGGCGCGACGGCGCUGGCCAGGCUGGACCCCGACCUGGAGCUGGAGGAGGGGUUCAACGUCACAGCCGCGGGCUUCGGCAAGAUUUCGAACAACCAGGUGGCCAGCAGGUUCCAGAAGACGGAGAGGCUCAGCGUGAUGACCCUGGAGGAGUGCGGAGCCAUAUUCGGACUGGACUUCCCGGACACGCUGCUGUGCGCCAUCGACAGGGUGAACGGCUCCGACGUGUGCCAGGGCGACUCGGGUGGGCCCCUGCUGACGCGGGACAGGGAGACGAUCGUGGGGGUGGUGACCUUCGGGCCGCGCGACUGCCAGGCGGUCGAGGUGCCCAGCGCCUACACGCGGGUGUCCGCGUAUAUGGACUGGAUCGAGGCCAGGGGUGGCGAUGAGGCGGAAUUCGUGGUGAACGACAAGUGCGGCGAGGGGGACGGGGGGGCCGGGGAUGCGGGGGUGACGGUGCUGCAGAUCGUCGACGCGGUGAAGGGGGGGGACAUUGACGGGGCGGCGGAGCUGAUCGCGCGGGCCGUGGAGGAGGAGGACAACGUGGACGUGGUGGUGGACGCGAUGGAGGUCUUGGUGGAGGAGGGGCUGGGCACGCAGGCGGGGGACGCGAUCGUGCUGGCGAUCAGGGAGAAGGGGGCCAGCGCGGUGAAGCUGGUGCCGGCGCUGAACGUCGUGAAUGGGUAG